UGCUCGUGACUUUGUGCUUACUGCUUGCUCCUCCCUUCCCAGUUUCCCUUCCCUCGCAUAAAAACGUUACACAAUGGAUAGGAUAAGGCUCAAGCCUUCCCCUCUCUCUCUCUAAACGAGAAAGAAAUCCAUGGUGAUGGCGACUACUUGCGGUUUUCUGCAACUGUGCUUCUUGAAGAAGACCCAACCCAAUUCCUCUCCGAUCUAUCCCUCUCGUCCUCCAAAUUUCUCGAUUCCGUCUCGUCGGUCACUCUCCUUCUCUUCCUCUGCCACCCGUCCUUCCUCCUCUUUUCCAGUUUCGGCGACAUCGGAGAAACCCGUUUCGUGGGUCGAAGAUGGAAACUCAAUUGACUCGAUAAUUAAUCCUGCACUGCAUCAUGCUAAUGUUAUGUUCUUCAGAUCAGCUUAUAAUGUGCAGGUCAUGGUUGACGAGGGCGAACCGGAAGAAGCUCUCUUGAGGAGAUUCCGGAGGGAAGUAUCGAAAGCUGGAGUGAUUCAGGAGUGUAAGAGGAGGAGAUUUUUCGAGAACAAGAAGGAGGAGAGGAAGCGGAAAGCUAGAGAAGCCGGCCGUAGAGGCCGCAGAAGACGAUCGGGAGGGCCAAGGAUCCCAUUUUCAUCUGGUAGUAGCGAUGCUGCUGCGUCCAAGAAGAGUGGGGAAGACGACGACAACUGGGAUAUGCCUGAAGGGGACCUACCUUACUGAAGAAAUGUUUGUUUUCCUCCGAGCAAUUUUGUGGAUUUUUAUCUUUUCAAUUUGUAAGUUUGGUAAGAGAGACUACUAGCAUAGCAGAGAAACUUCUGAAGAUUACUAUUGUUUACAUUCAUGUUAAAGAUCAUUGUUGGUUUCUUGUCUGGCAUUGAGAGGUACAAUUAACUUGGUGCACCCUGUAGAUUGAUACCUUCUUUUUUCAA